AUGGGCUGGAACAGCAGCACUUCCAUUGGUUUUGUGUUCAUCCUGGCUUUUGUCUCCAUUUUGAAAACAGCAGGUUUCUGGAACAGCAGCACUUCCAUUGUUUUAGCGUUGAUCCUGGCUUUUCUCUCCAUUUUGAAAACAACAGGUUUCUGGAACAAUGACCGAAGACAGAACUUUCCUCCAGGUCCAAGACCAUUACCUAUAAUUGGAAAUCUUCUUUUGUUUGAUUUGAAGAGACCCUACAGGACUUAUCUAGAGCUGUCCAGAAAAUAUGGUCCAGUCUUCAGUGUUCAGAUGGGGUACAGGAAAGUUGUAGUGAUUUCUGGCUAUGAGACAGUGAAGGAAGCUCUCGUAAACCAGGCAGAUGCAUUUGCAGAGAGACCUAAAAUACCAGUCUUUGAAGAUUUGACCAAAGGAAAUGGCGUUGUUUUUGCCCACGGUGAAAACUGGAAGGUGAUGCGAAGGUUUACCCUCACAGCCUUACGAGACUUUGGGAUGGGCAAAAAGGCCAUUGAGGAUCGAAUCAUGGAGGAGUACGGGCACCUGGCAGACUCCAUCGCCUCACAGGAAGGAAAUCCUGUUGAUGCCAGCAAAAUAAUUAAUGCAGCAGUUGCUAAUAUAAUUGUGUCAAUAUUGCUUGGAAAACGAUUUGACUACAAAGACUCCAGAUUUGUGAGACUUCUAAAUCUGACCAAUGAAAAUAUGAGGCUUGCUGGGAAACCUCUGGUCACGAUGUACAAUAUCUUCCCAUACCUUGGAUUCCUCCUAAGGGCUAACAAGGCUCUCCUUCGAAACAGAGAUGAAUUCCAUGAUUUUGUAAGAGUUACUUUUGUGGAGCACCUCAAAAACCUGGACAAAAAUGACCAAAGAAGUUUUAUUGAUGCCUUCCUGGUUAAACAGCAGGAGGAGAAAUCCACUACCAAUGGGUAUUUCCAUAAUGGCAACUUGCUAAGCUUGGUGAGCAAUUUGUUUACUGCUGGUGUUGAGACCAUUUCCACCACACUAAACUGGGGCUUUCUGCUGAUGCUAAAGUACCCUGAAAUCCAGAAAAAGGUCCAAGAAGAGAUAGAGCAAGUGAUAGGGUCCAACCCCCCGCGGAUCGAGCACCGAGCUCAGAUGCCAUACACAGAUGCUGUCAUCCAUGAAAUUCAGAGGUUUGCCAAUAUCCUGCCACUGGAUUUGCCUCAUGAGACUGCUGCAGAUGUCACCCUCCAAGGCUAUUUCAUCCCCAAGGGAACCUACAUCAUCCCUUUACUGACCUCAGUCCUGAAAGACCAGUCACAGUGGGAGAAACCAGACAUGUUCUACCCUGAGCACUUCCUUGAUGCCAAUGGGAAAUUUGUGAAGAAAGAUGCUUUCAUGCCUUUCUCAGCAGGGCGGAGGAUCUGUGCUGGGGAGACUCUUGCCAAAAUGGAGCUCUUCCUCUUCUUCACCAGUCUCCUGCAGAGGUUCAACUUCCUCCCUCCACCUGGAGUUUCCAGCUCAGACCUGGACCUCAGCCCUGCCAUUUCAUUUAAUGUCAUCCCCAAACCCUAUAAAAUGUGUGCUGUAGCACGUUCCUAG